GGAGUGAUCACAGUGACCUUUGCCAACUCAGCUUCGUGGCGCUCACUCUCCAUCUUCUCCUUUUUGAGGUGUCCCUUUUGGGGGGAUCUUCCUUCUUUGGAGCGUGGGAAGCGUGGAACACGGGUUCUCAUGGAGAAGGGGCCUAUCGAAUCUCAGUUGAGAAUGUGCACCCGACCCAGUCUGAGGUUACACAAGUGAGCUGUGAUCAAUACUAUAUAAUACGUAGACUUGUUUCCAGGGUCGGACCACCAUGCUAUCCAUCUUCCAUUGCUGCCUUGAACCAUGGCUCUGAGAGGGAUCGGCAGAUUUACAUGCGAUUAACAUCCAAUGGAAGACGACAGCAUGCCAACUUCGAAGCGACGCAUUAGUGUCAAGGAGCAAUUCCGAACUUUUUGUCUGCAAACCAGCCUCCAUGGAUGGCAAUACAUCGUGGAGAAGCCAGCAUCAGCUUGGCGAAACGCCUUUUGGGCCGUGAUUGUCACGCUCUCCAUGGUCACCGCAGGCACGUUUCUCUACAAUAACACUUGGGACUUUGUUCAUUCAAAUGUGGUGACCACAGUGGACACCAUGACUGCUCCUUUGUCAGAAGUAUUCUUUCCGUCCGUCGUUGUGUGCAACAUUAACCAGGUUCGUGAUUCGUAUUUCGAAGAGCUGCUGGCCAAUCAAAAAGCCAUGGUUCAGCAGAGCCAAGCCCACAACGAAAACUUGACUCUCGUAGAGGACGUGGACGUCAGUGGGACCCAUCAAUUAUGCAAGGACAUGUUCAUCUAUUCCAAAUGGAAUGGUUCGACGACAUUUUCUUUCGAAAGUGAGCGGGACUUUGGAACGGAUUAUGGCAUCUGUUGUUGGUACACGCCUCAAUUCAACUUUACCGAAAUAGUUCGGGUGAGCCACGAGCAAGGCCUCGAGGAACCUAACUGGGGACACUGGUUCACCAACAUCGAAAAGGGUGCGAAAACCGGCAAGGACAAUGGCUAUACCAUGUUGUUGGACAUCGAGAGCUUCGAUUAUAAGUUUUUCAACGAAGGGUCCGAGGGCUUGAAAGUGGCUUUAGUGCAUCAUCUGGAUAUGCCCAUCAUGAGACAAAUUGGUUUCCAUAUCUCCCCAGGGACUGAGAAUCAAAUCGCCGUGACCCCAACUCUCAUUUCAACGUCCAAGCAUGCUGUGGAGCGAUUCGUUCCUGAGCAACGGGACUGCUACUGCGAGGAUGAAAUCUCCUUGAAGUAUCUACCCAGGGACCAUGGAUAUCGCUACGAAAUGAGCAACUGCCUCUUUGAGGCCGCCUUUGAAAACAUCCUUGAGCAAUGCAACUGUUUUCCUGGUUUCCACACAACUGGAGAUGAAUCACAUUCUGCCAACUAUUCGACGUGUAUUGGUGAUGAUCUGGUUUGCGUCAAUGAACUAAUGAAUCGAAUGGGUCAAUUCGAUCAUGUGGUUUAUCAGGGGAAACAAGUGAAAUGCCGGUCGAAUUGCGAGGAUCAGAUCAACUCGGUGUUUGUGACCUCGUCCACUUAUCCGAACAAGCAUGUUUUCGUUAAAAGACCGGAGUUCUGCUACACCCUGAUCCGUUUGUUCAAAAAGUGCAAUUCCUCCAAGAGAUACCCGGUUAUGCGAGCCUAUCCCGGGUUAUGUUUCAUUCUCGAGGAGGUGGAUUUCCUCGAAAGCCGAUGCCAAGAUCAGAAUGUCCGGUGGAAGGACAUUCGAGAGUUCAUUCCCAAUUGCAACGACACCUUCUGCCCCCUCGAAGAAAUAGUAUGGAUGUACGCCAGAAAGAAUAUGGCCCUUUUGAACAUUUUCAUCAAGGAUCCGUACGCCAAAAAGUUCCUAAAAGAUGUGAAAACCACAAAAACCUCCUACAUUGCCAACUCAGGUGGCAUUCUCGGGCUCUGCAUGGGCUUCUCCUUCAUCAGUGGGGCAGAAGUGAUCUUCCAUUUCCUCAGCUCCAUUUUCCCCAGUUUGAGCGCCGGAAAAGGAGGCGUGCCAGCCCGGAAAGUCAGUCUGGAUCAGAAUGGCCCAGGGAUACCGGGGGACGAGAAUCCCGCCCAUCCGUUAGUCCGAAAGUGCCCCAAACACGGAUGCAAACUUACGAGGAAGAAAUGUCACAUUCUUCGGGGCAGAGCCGGGUUUCCUUCGUGCUUCAAGCGGGGCAAUCCGAGCCACAGAGUCACCAAAUACCCGAUCUAUGGGCCAGAGAGAUUCAUCUGAAUGGGCCCUUCUUUCUUGUUAUUAUCAAUGCUCAAUUGAUCGUAAUAAAAGAUGUAUCUUAGUUAAAUUA